AUGAACUCAUUGAUUCUAGUCGUGUUAUUUUUCCGAUUCUGCAGCUGUGACCCGGGUCAAAAUACACGUCGAUCAGACCCAAGAACAAAUACGCCUUUGGGCACGAUCGAAGGUUCCUUCCAAAUAUCAAGCGACGGUCGACUAAUUGAAGCUUACGAAGGGAUCGCAUAUGCGCUACCACCAAUUGGAGAUUUGAGAUUCGAGAUUCCGAAGCCGAUUUCAUCUCCAUGGCCCGAUGUUCUGAUGGCGAAAGCACCCGGAUCAAGGUGCCUUCAGUACAACACGGAAAGCAAAAUUACUGUUCAAAAAUUGAGUGGUUCCGAGAACUGUCUCUUUCUGAACGUUUACAAACCGUCUACAUCUACUCAAAAUCCACUACCGGUGCUGGUUUUCUUCCACGGAAGUAACUUUAUAGCGGGAGCGGGUUCGGAUUAUAAACCCAACCACUUACUCGAUCGGGAUUUAAUUUUGGUGACGAUUAACUACAGAUUGGGAGCACUGGGAUUCCUAAGCACGGAAGACCACAUUGUUCCCGGAAACAUGGGAUUAAAGGAUCAAGUGAUCGCACUGCGUUGGGUUAAGGAUAACAUAGCCUCUUUCGGUGGAGACCCUUCAAGGAUUACGAUUAUAGGACAUGGUGCUGGAGGUAUCUCCGUGCAAUUUUUCUACUUUACGAACAAGACUGCGGGCUUGUUUUCGAGGGGAAUGUCAAUUAGCGGUACUGUACUGCAGCCUCAGGCUCUUGUUCAAAAACCACUUCUAAAAACAAAGAAAGUUGCAUCUCUUGUUGGAUGUCCAACUAGCAACAUCCGAUCCAUGGUCGAUUGUUUGAAAGCUCAGCCUGCGGAUAAAAUUGCGCUUACUUUAAAAGAUUUCGAACUACUCCCAGGCGUUUCUUCAACCGCUUUUGGACCAGUUCAAGAGAAGGGGCCCGGUGAUUUUAAAAUGAUCGAUCGACCACCGAUGGAAUCACUUGCUGCUGGCUAUGUGCAAAACUUACCGUGGUAUCUUUUUAGUGUUGAAGAGGAAGGCCAAAUCACAUCAUCCGGACUUAUCAAUAAUCCUAUACAACUGUACCUAUUGGAUACGAACUUUGAGAAAAUCGCACCUUCUUUGCUGCACUACGAUGACACUGUGCAAGAGAUGAACGAAUCCCCUCGUACCCGACGAGUGAGAGAAUAUUAUUUGCAGAGAAGACCAAUCAACUUGAUAAGCGUAGAAAAGGUCACAGAGAUGAUGACCGAUUGGCUGUAUCGAAUAGGUAACGAGAAGGCUGCGAGGAUGCAUGCACGAGCCAUUCGAAGCCCCGUUUAUUGUUAUUUUUUCACGUACAAAUCGUCCACCAUCAACUACGGCGUAUCCCAUUACAACGAUCUUGUUUAUUUGUUUCCGACAUCCUUUACACUAAAGACCCAACAAGACUUGAAAAUGCAGAAGAAAAUGAUCAAUUUUUGGGCAUCAUAUGUCACCAAUGGUACGGCGAAUAUGGGUGUCGAGUGGUCCAGCCUGAAUCCAUGCCAGACGGAGUUUCGCUAUCUUGAAAUCGCUGGACCAGAGCAAAUUUACAUGAACGGUAGCACAAACUUUGGAAAUAAGGAGUUCUGGAAGACUAUUGAUUUUCAAGAGAACAUCCUGCCGUACGUUAGCUGA